AUGUCCAGCGGCCUGUUGGUGCUUGCACACUUUUUCCCGACAACGAAUACCCAGCAUCAUUCGUUACCAACCACGUCAAAUCGGAUAACUGUGGGUUAUAACUGCUCUGUGGGCUUUGGCGGUGUGCUGGACUACAGCACCUUUUUGCAAUGUAUGGGAAGCUUUCGCCUGAAAGGUCAACUGCCUGAAAGGAGCAUGGAAUCUUUGGCAACAACCAUUCGUUUCGUCACGCUGAACUGCCGAACAUUAUCGAGUGAACUCCAACAAGCCGCUCUAUCCGGAUUUCUGCGAUAUCUCUGUGUGCCUUUUGCUGCACUGCAGGAAACAUCAGCAUCGAAAAUUGCACCAUAUAUUGCGGCGAUGCUGAUGAGAACAAAGUAG